AUGAGCAAGAACCUGCUCUCGGUGCCACAGAUUAACAGCCAUGGCAAGUUUCAAGUCGUGUUUGACGGGUCCAAGAUGUAUGUAACUCUCAAGAACUCACAGCAAGUGGUGGCGACAGCGGAUCUCGUGGAUGGACUCUACUGGCUUCGGACGACUCAACGAUCAGCGAAUGUGACAACAAGUGGAACCAGUUGUGCCGAUCUACAUGCGAGAAUGGGUCAUGCUCCAGUCGAUGUACUUCGCAAGAUGAUCGCGACCAACAUGAUCAAGGAUUUGCGAGUCCCUCUCAAGUCGGGUGGAGCAACUACAUGUCGAGGAUGUCAACAAGGGAAAAUGGUCCAAAAACCAUUUCCAAGCAACCGAGACAAGCGCAGCUACGAUACGUUUGAGCUACUUCAUCUGGACAUCUGCGGGCCCAUGGAAAAGGAUUCGCUCGGUGGCAGCAAAUAUUUGCUGCUGAUCAUCGACGAAGCCAGUGGAUGCAUGAAGGGCUUUUGUCUACGAGUGAAGUCCGAGAGUGAAGAUUACAUCCGGAAAUAUAUCACCAUGGUACAGACGCAAUUCUGUAAGAAGGUCAAGUUCGUGCGACACGACGGAGCUCGCGAGUUUGCAACCAACUCGCUUCAACUGUUCUACGAAGACGAAGGCAUUGAACAGCAGACAACGGUGCCGUAUGCACAUCAAACAAACGGAACAGCAGAGCGUGCCAUUAGGACUAUUGUCACGAUCGGCCGCAGCAUGUUUCAUCAUGCCAAACUGGACAAGUGUUUCUAG